GUAUGGCCUCCAGUGCUCUGAACUCGAAGGGCAGAGUGUGCGUCUGUGAUGCUAGCUGAGGGGCCAGGUCCAGUACCAACCAACGUUCCAAUCCAAAGCCACGGAAAUCCAACACCAACAGGGACUGAGGGGUCACGAUGGCUUUCAAAUACUGUGGAGAAACAGAGGGUAGCUGCCAUGUUCCCAUCGUGUUACACCAAACCCACGGACAGCGGCGGUAAAAGGAGCUCCAUGGCUAAGUUGCUGCUCGGGGUUUUUGUGGUUUAUUUGUUCCACACCGUCUGGCUGCUGUACGGCUUCCUCAACACUAAACCCUGUGAUGGAGGCUCAGGGGAGCUCUGCAUCACAUCCUACCUGGCGGCGAGACCCAGACUACAGAUGAGUGUCUUCACCUGCCUCCUGCCAGACAACAGCCAACUCAACCUUGCUGUAAAAAUAGACCCGUUUGACCCACAUUCUACAUUUGAGAGAAAGGUGAAUGUUUCUCUGCCACAGGAGACUCGAGCUAAUGGCACUCUGUAUGCAAUCGUGUAUGUUCACAAAGCCGGUGUUUCACCUCUGGAGGACCGCAGAGAAGUCCACCACGCAGCUCAGCUCACUACCUACAUCCCUCCCACUCACACCGAGGGGCAGAGAGACACGCAGAAGAGGCUGAGUCCCAGAUCAGAGAAUCCUGUAUCCCACUGGAGACCUCACCUGUCAAUCACUAUGAUGUCAGAGGACUUCACCUUCAACAAGGCGGGGCUUCCUAGUGAUGUGCGGCGCUACAUGAGAGUCUCUCAGGAUGGCCGACAGAUGGUCUACCUCCCUCUGCUGCUGGUUAAUGAGCUCAGCUUCAGAGUCAGAGACCUCAUGGAGAUCAGCAGCAGCACCGUUCAGCUCCCUCUGACUGUAUCCUAUGAGGGGAUCUCUUUAAGGGGAUUUCGGUUCUGGGUGCAUCUGCAGGACGUGGUUUACUCCCUGCGACAGUUUGGUUUCACAGAAGAGAACGUAGACGAGAUUAAAGAAAUUUUGGUGGGCUCCAACCUCUACCUGCUAGUGUUGACUGCUCUCAUCACAGCUCUGCAACUCAUCUGUGAAUUCUUGGCUCUUAAAAAUGACAUCAGCUCAUGGAGAAAAAAGAAGACCAUGGUGGGAAUGUCCAGAAAGUCGGUACUGUGGCGUAGUCUGAGUACUUUGCUGAUUUUCCUCCAUCUGCUAGAGGAGACCAGUCUACUGGUGCUGCUUCCUGUUGGACUGGGAGCAUGUGUAGAGGUAUGGAAGGUGUUUAAAGUGUUUAACAUCCAGUGGCAGUGGAAGAGCUCUAAGCUCCAUGUAAAUAAGCUGGAUGAAGAAGAAAGGAAGACCGUGGAGUUUGAUACACAGGCGUCCAGAUACUUGUCCUACUUGGUCUAUCCGCUGUGUAUCAGUGGAACUAUUUUCUCACUGGCCUACUUUCGCCAAAAGAGUUACUACUCCUGGUUGAUCAACAGCCUGGUGACUGGAGUGUAUGCCUUCGGCUUCCUGUCCAUGGCCCCGCAGCUCUUCAUUAACCACAAGUUAAAGUCUGUGAGCCACCUGCAGGGGACAGUGUUGAUGUACAGAGGAGUGAACACGCUGAUCUCAGAUCUGUGCUCCUGUGCCUCCUUUUUCUCCUCUUCUGGAUACUUCUCCUCCUCUCAUCAACUUUCCUGCUUCAGAGAUGAGCUCCUCUUCAUCCUCUACCUCUACCAGCGAAGGCAUUACGCCCCCAAGGCCAGAAGGCGAGAGUCUGGGACCCACAGCAAGAAACUAAAGACUCAAUGAGGAGAAGGCAAAUUCUCCUCCUUCCUUUUUUCGGAAAGUGAAUGCACAAACACACUAAAAGUCAUCUUUGAAACAACACUGACGAUGUGAAAGGGAGACUCAGGCAGGACACUCGGCCAUGUGUGCCGCACAGCAGCUUCCAAAUGAUCCAAGAUGAGCUGUUCUGCUUCUGGCUCUUCACUGCUCUACACUCCUGAUGCUGCUGCUUUUUGUUUGGCAUCAAUGAAUCUUCCCCUUUACUGCUACAGUGAUUGAGCUCAUCCAUGUACAGACACUUUCGGCUGCACGUCACGCCGGCUACCUUUUUAAGAAGAAUAUCGACAGCAUCAUAUCAGCCACGUCGUAAUGUGCAUUUGCUUGAUUCUGCUCGCAAACAUAA